AUUUCUUCAUUGUUGGGUUCCAUGGCGAGAGUGAAGCACACGCCAGCUUCACUCAAAGCCAGUCGCGCUUCCACAUCCGUGCCACCGUCACAGCAAUCGCCUGUGACUAGAAGUAAUAGAAGGGCUCAAGAAGAGGAGCCGCAGGAAGAAGCAGCAGCGCCACAGACUCAGGGAAGGAAGAAAAAACGCAGUAAGCCAGGAACAAUGGCGCUUCGCGAGAUUCGUCAUUUUCAGAAGAGUUGCAAGCUUCUUAUCCCGGCUGCCCCCUUUAUCAGAUGUGUCAAACAAAUUACACAUCGAUUCUCUACGGAGGUGUCUCGCUGGACGCCUGAAGCUGUGGUAGCACUGCAGGAGGCAGCUGAAGAAUGUCUAGUUCACUUGUUUGAAGAUGGAAUGCUUUGUGCAAUUCACGCUAGGCGUAUUACUCUUAUGACAAAGGAUAUUCAGUUGGCUCGGAGGCUUGGAGGAAUAGGAAGGCCUUGGUGAAUGCACAAUCCCAGACGUAAACACCACUGAGUGCUUUUUUCGUGUAAACCUUGUUGCCGAAUUAGAGUGUUUAUUUGGUAUUAUAUAGUAGGAAAUAUAAUAUAAUUCAUUUUGUAGUUGAGACAACAAUUAUAGAACUCAAAUUAAGAAUCAACCAUUAUAGAAUGGUUUCUACAAUGACUUUUGUUUUAUCAUUAAACAACCCCCACAAACAAUUUUCUUUGCAGUCAAUACCACAUUCUUAUUAGCCCAUUCCUUGGACUGGCCUAAUUUGAUCCCUAUAUUGCAUUAGUUCAAGAGAAAUUUAGAUUUUCUUUGAUUAGCCUAUGCGAUAAAAAGGCUUGUUAUCAAAAUGAUGUUGUUACCAAGGAAUGAUGUUAAUUUGUAUGUGUGUAUUGAAUAUUCCUUGUUUUACAUUUGUAUAAAUCGUAGAUAGAUUUUUCAUUUCUUAGAAUAGGUUUGUUAUAUGUAUUGACUUUGCACAUACUUUUAGGCCUUGUGUUUUAAUGUUUUAUGACCAAGUCCAUAGUAAAA